UGCAUGGGCGUUAUAACAUGACGCCCGGAACCAUUUCGGUCGGAACGACUUGUGUCGCGUCUGUAUGUUCUCUCCGGACUCAUAACAGUGUGAAACCAUCGAGAUGGCGCGAGCAUCCAAGUCAGCUGUGGUGCUUUGCAUGGAUGUGGGCUUCUCUAUGAGUAACUCAGCCCCUGGUGAGGAAGCCCCAUUCGAGCAAGCUAAGAAGAUCAUUCAGAAAUUCAUCCAGCGUCAGGUCUUUGCUGAAAACAAAAAUGAGCUGGGUCUGGUUCUCUUUGGAACGGAUGACACCAAGAAUUCACUCGCUCAAGAUGGCCAGUACCAGAACAUCUGCAUACACCGACAUCUGAUGAUGGCCGACUUCGAGCUGCUGGAGGAAAUUGAACAUAACCUUCAGCCUGGUGGUCAGCAUGCUGACUGGCUUGAUGCUCUCGUCGUAUGCAUGGACCUUCUACAGAAGGAAACCAUGGGGAAAAAGUAUGAGAGGCUGAAUAUCGCCGUACUCACUGACCUCAACACACCGGCCUGCGCAGAUCAGCUGGACAUCAUCAUUGGCAACUUAAAAAAAGCUGGCAUUACCCUGCAGUUCUUUCUGCCAUUCCCUGUGGAUGCAGAUGAAGGGGCUGCUGGAGAUGCAGGUCCGAGGCCUCCACCCCAGAGUGGAAAAGGCUUGAGCAGGGAGCAGAAGCAGGGGCUGGAGAUGGUCAGGCAGGUCAUGACAUCUCUGGAUGAAGAAGAUGGCCUAGAUGAGGUCUACACUUUCAGCGAUGCUGUGGAGAAGCUGUCCAUCUUUAAGCGGAUUGAGAGACGGCCGAUGGGGUGGCCCUGUCAGCUUACUAUUGGAAGCUCCCUAUCCAUCCGCAUCAUCGGAUACAAAACUGUGUGUGAGGAGAAGAUUAAGAAGACCUGGGUCAUAGUCGAUGCUGAGAGUCACCAGAAAGAUGAUGUAAAAAGGGACACAGUCUACUGCCUCAGCGAUGACAAUGAGACUGAAGUGCAGAAAGAUGAUGUCAUUCAGGGUUUCCGGUACGGCAGUGACAUUGUCCCGUUCUCCAAAGUGGACCAAGAGCAGAUGAAGUACAAGUCAGAUGGAAAAAGCUUUGCUGUGCUUGGCUUUACCAAGCAGGAGCUGAUUUAUCGCCAUCAGUUCAUGGGCCAACAGAUUGUUAAGGUUUUUGCUGCCAAAGAUGAUGAGCAUGCAGCUGUUGCGCUCUCCGCUCUGAUUCACGCUCUGGACAGCCUGAAGAUGGUGGCUAUUGUUCGUUAUGUUUAUGACCGCCGCAGCAACCCACAAGUAGGAGCAGCUUUUCCUUGCAUCAAAGACAAAUACGAGUGCUUGGUGUAUGUGCAGUUACCAUACAUGGAGGAUCUCCGUCAGUUCACAUUCCCUUCACUGGAGAACAACAAGAAAUUUGUUCCAUCAGAGGCUCAGCUGUCAGCAGUGGACAAUCUCAUCAACUCUAUGAUGCUGGUGGAGGAGAGUGAAGAUGGAGAGAUGGAGGACAUAUUCAAAGUCAACAAAAUCCCUAACCCACAGUUUCAGAGACUCUUCCAGUGCCUACACCAUCGUGGUGUGAAACCAGACGCACCCCUGCCCCCUAUAGAGCCGUGGCUUAAGCGGAUGCUGGAUCGGCCCCAGGCCGUCUCUGCCCGCUGCCCUGCACCUCUGCAGGAGAUGAAGAAACUCUUCACCCUGAAGGAGGUGGUGCAAAAGAAGGGCCAGAAGACCAGUGCGGAUGUGUUUGGGAAUAGCACUGAGGAGCCAGACGCUAAGAAGUUCAAAAUGGAUGAAGGGGAGAGAUUCAGCCUAGCAGAGACUUCAGAGGGAAACAUUACCUCCGUAGGUAGCGUGAACCCUGCAGAAAACUUCCGCACUUUAGUUCAAAAGAAGACCAUUCCCUUUGACCAAGCAUGCGAGCAGCUCACCCACAGGAUGGAGCAGUUGCUGGGCAACAGGAGCACAGACUAUUACAUGAAGACCAUCGCAUGUGUCCAGGCCUUUAGGGAGCAGUCCAUUAAGGUAUCAAAUGCGGACCUUUUCAACAGCUACAUGCAGUCUCUGAAGAACAGCGUUCCAGAUAAGAAUCUUCAGGAAUUCUGGGAUCUGCUCGUUGCAGAUUCUAUAACACUAAUCAGCAAGGAUGAAGUGGAGAGCAGCACAGUAUCCAAGCAAGAGGCAAACCAGUUUUCGACAUUUGAAGAGAAAGAGGAAGUGGCAGCUGCUCCUUCCCAUGAGGACGCAGGAGACGUGGAUGAUUUGCUGGACAUGAUGUGAACCUGGACCGUCCUGGACGUUGCCUUCAUUCCUUUCCACUGGGGCUCCACUUGGUGCUGAGGUCACAGUAAUGUUUGCACUAUAUUUUUGUCUUAAAAAAAAAAUACAGGAAUAUGUACCAUAAUUAAAGGUUUUGGGAAAAAGCUAUUCCACUUAAAGGUGUGAUCACUCAUUUGUGGCUUCAUUCUCAGCAGCAUUCCCACACAGCAAUCAGGAUCAGAACUUUCUUACUUAACUUAUCUAGCAAAUUAACAAUUUGCUUUAUCUGCCAAUUUGCUCCAUAUAUCAGAAAUGCAGGAGCUAAAGCAGUACAGAGGCGUACUCCUUCUUUCAGAGGAUUUCACAAAAAAGGCGAUGUUUUCUAACCACUAUGAAUCCUUAUUUUUAGCCAUGUUUCACUGCAGAAUUACAGUAAACAAUCUUUUCUUACUUGGGGUGUUGCAAGUAUAUCCUGCUGUAAUUUUUCUCUUUCUGCACACCAGUACAUUUUGUAACUGGCAAUAUAAUAACUUUUUAGUAUAUUUGUUUUGUUAAGAACUGUUGAAAGCAAAUUUUGAUUUCUAUUUUGAUCAGGGGAUGUGAAACUUACAGCCCAUGGUAACACCUGUGCUGCGUCCCAAUUCUCCUACUUAUACUAUGCACUAAAAGUAUGUACUGUUUUUUGUGAAGAAAAAGUAAACACUUUUGAGUGUGUAGCAAACAAGUAUGCAAGUACUGGUACAUACUAGCACAUCAUGUAAAGGAAGAGAACGUUGUUGCCUAGUUAUGCACGCUGUCACCGUAAACCAACUACCUCAUUGCAUUUCAGCUUUUCUUCAUUCAUUAUUCCUUAAAAAAACUGGUUAGUGCUUAACAUUUAAGUUCUUACGCCUAAAUACUGAAGGCACUUCACUGACGUUACACUCGUCCACCAUGUUUGCAGGUUGAAUUUGGUGAAGCAAACCGUCACAAAACUCCUCCUCCUUCUCAUGCAAGGAUUUGUGGGUAAUAUUAGCUGAAAAAGUGUCCCCAGAUCCACAAUUAGAAAAUCUAUCGGACACAGUAGACCAUCCGGGUACCUUUGGGAAUACUCAUUUCAACAUACUACGAUUUGGGACACGCUAACUCUAAUUUCGGAUACUAUUUAGGACGGAUAGUAGGUGAAUUGGGACGCAGCCAUGGUCUUUUAAUGCGCUUUGUAUAUGCACUGGAUUCUCUUUUCAACCGCAUGCAGUUACACUUGUAUUUGAAUGCAUCUCUGGUUCUCGAGAUUAAAAUGGAUUUAAGACAUGUUAAUAUGUAAAUCAGAGGACUACACUUUAUAUAUUGUUGGUUUUGUUGGUUGUUCAGACCAUUUAGAAUUCAAAUAAUAUUCACAAGCUUACAUCCAUUUUUAGAAACCUAUUUAAGUAUGUCCUGAUCUCAUUAAUUUACUUCACAUUAAAGAUUUGAACACCUUAUUAAGAUAUAAAUUCAGUUCAGUCUGUUGGGAGGUUCAGUCUGAAACACAGGAGCACAUAUCAGUGAUUUGUAUUAUUACUUACAUUUGAUGUAAAGAAUAUGAAACACAACAGGGCAUGCAGUUAUAGUAAAAAUAAUCAAUGACAGAGUGGUGGAUACGUGCCAACACAAAACAGAGUUAGAGGUACCACCCUGAAUUUUCCUAUAGCUGCACAUCCUGAUGUGUCUUUUCCGUCUUAUAUCACAGCAAUUCGUCAAUGCUUUUAUUUAUUAAAGAAUGACACAUACUUUUUAUCCAUUUAUAGCUACAUUUAGUGUUGUGAAACUUCCACGAAACAAGUUAGUUCCUUUUAUGACAUAUAGCAGCUAUAAACAGGCACUUCCUGUUCACUAGCCUCUCUUUUUUUACUCUUUGUUGAAGUUCAUAAGACAAAGUAAAUGCAGCUUGUACAAAGAAACUGAAGAAUUUCCUGUCAGAAAACCUAAAGUUAGCACUACCUAUCGCUGUUACCAAAGUACUGACACUGGAGACUCCUUCCAUAUAUGGUAAAUAAACGUCUCUUCACCAUA